GGUUGACGUGUGAUUGGGUGUCCCCAGCUGUGUCGCACAUGAGCCAGAUCAUCCACGCGGAUUUUCGUGCGACCACGUUCAGAAUCUGAAAAGAGAGUAUGAACGAGGAAAACAUGACGACGGAGGUUGCGCAGGUGCAAGAGUGCACGUUAAACGGCGUCGCCGAAAACGAGGACGUCGUGACACCGUGGACGGUCACGAGCGUCAAUGAUACUGGGAUCGAUUACGAUAAGUUAAUCAAGAAAUUUGGAAGUUCGAGGAUAGAUGACGAGCUGUUAGCUAGGUUCGAGAAGAUCACUGGCAAGAAACCGCAUCACUUUCUUAGAAGAGGCAUAUUCUUCUCCCACAGAGACAUGCACACUAUUCUGAACCUUUAUGAGCAGGGACAGUACUUUUACUUAUAUACAGGCAGGGGACCGAGCACCGACGCGAUGCACUUAGGACACCUCAUACCUUUCAUGUUUUGCAAAUGGUUACAGGAUGUUUUUGACGUUCCAUUGGUCAUACAAUUAACAGAUGACGAGAAAGCUAUAUGGAAAAACAUAAAGAUAGAAGAUGCAAUCAAGCUGGCCUAUGCUAAUGCAAGAGACAUCAUUGCUUGUGGCUUUAAACCUGAGAAAACUUUUAUCUUCUCCAACCUGGAACAUAUAGGAAACAAUUCGGCGUUUUAUCAGAAUAUGAUCAGGAUACAGAGAUGCGUUACGUUCAAUCAAGUGAAGGGUAUUUUCGGUUUUGGCGACAGCGACCCAAUCGCGAAGAUCGCGUUUCCGCCGACGCAGGCGGCGCCAGCGAUCUCUGGUUCGUUCCCCUUCAUUUUUAAGAACGCCAAGGUGCACUGUCUGAUACCGUGCGCGAUUGAUCAGGACCCAUAUUUCCGCAUGACGAGGGACGUGGCGCCCAAGUUGGGUUUCCCUAAGCCAGCUCUGUUACAUGCGACCUUCUUCCCUGCGUUGCAAGGCUCGAAGACGAAAAUGUCGGCGAGCGACAACAGCACGGCGAUAUUCCUUACUGAUACUGCUAAACAGAUCAAGAACAAAAUUAAUAAGCACGCAUUCUCAGGCGGUCAAGCCACCGUGGAGGAACACAGGCAGCUCGGUGGAAACUGUGAGGUGGACAUAUCUUACCAGUGGCUGCGAUUCUUUCUGGAGGACGACGAACGAUUGGAACAAAUUAGAAAAGGCUAUACCAGUGGGGAGAUCCUAACAGGCGAGCUGAAGAAGGAACUGAUCGAUGUGCUGCAGCGACUCGUCGCCACGCAUCAGGAAGCGAAGAGUAAAAUAACGGACGAAGUGAUUAAGCAAUUCAUGAUUCCUAGAGACCUCGGCUUCGUGUCGAAAACAAAGUAGCCAUUUGGCGAACACGAGAGCACCGAAUUACGCGAAGCAUCGUUUUCUCCUUGGUCCUUCCGCUUCCACUGGAGAGAUCUGUUUAAGUCUAUUUAUUGCUAGACACGCCGCAAUUAUAGAGUACGUUUUAUGAUCUUUUUCAAGCACCACCUUUGUUGAAAGAUUAAAUUAAUUUUUCUAUCAA